AUGCCCUUGCUCGGUUUUGGGGUGUACCAGAACUAUGACACUAAGAAUUCUGUUCUAGAAGCCUUCAAAGCUGGUUACAGGCACAUAGACUCUGCCCAGGUGUAUAAGAACGAGGCAGCUGUAGCUGACGCCGUCCGAGAAUCUGGCCUCGAUCGAGGGGAUGUAUUCAUCACAUCCAAAUGCGUCUCUAAAAACCACGGAUACGAGAAAACACUUAAAGGCAUCAACGAAUCCCUCGAUCGGAUGAAGUUUGACUACAUCGACCUCUUUCUCAUCCACGACCCUUUCAGCGGUACCGAACGCCGCCUCGAGACAUACAAGGCUCUCUUGGAGUGCAGGCAUGCGGGUAAAAUCCGAACUGUUGGCGUAUCGAACUACGGCGUAAAGCACCUUGAGGAAAUUAAGAACGCGGGAUACGAAAGACCCGCCGUCAAUCAGAUAGAGCUCCACCCCUUGUGCCAACAAAAACCAAUAGUGGACUACUGCAAAGAGAACGAUAUCGUUGUCCAAGCGUAUUGCCCCAUCAUUCGCGGAAAGAUGGACGACCCGGUCAUAACAAAGUUGGCUGAAAAGUACAACCGUGACCCAGCCCAGAUUCUCCUCCGGUGGUCCCUCCAAAAGGGUUUCGUUCCAUUGCCAAAGAGCGCUACGCCAUCUAGAAUCCACCUCAACACCAAUCUUUACGAUUUCGAGUUGACGGAAGAAGACAUGGGUGAACUUGACGCGCUUGACAAGGGAAAAAAGGGUGCCAUCGGUUGGAACCCUGUGGACGCUGAUUGAAAGAAUUCGGUACAAUGCUUUUCUGGAAACGAAAUGGCACUUAGAAGAAGAAAAUUGCAUUGAUCUAUCGAAA